CCAGACUGGAGGGGCGGAGACAGAACUCUACUUUACAAAGCGAGCUCAGAUGGCUUCAUUCAGUAGACGAGGGACGCCGGCCGGCUUGCGCGCACAAAGACGUUACGGACAUUUUUUUUCUUCAUGGAUUUAUAAAUGCACACUCACUUCGAGAAAAAGGAACCUUUUUGAGGGAUUGUGAUCUCGCCAGAUCGGAGGGUGGACGUCUCCGCUUUGGAGUUGUAAACUUGUUUCCUUCAACGCAGAACUGGAUUGCCAUCUUAAUGCAACUUUUUUGGAAAGACACGAAAGGCAUCUUGACUGACUCUUCAACUAAAUCCUGUUACGGUGACGUGCCGUUUUCUCCGGGAGCGAGCGUUUUCUCAGUUCCACUCGGCUCUGCCGGGGAGAUGUUCCAGGGGUUCCCCGGUGACCCGGACAGCGGCUCCCGUGGAAGUUCCUCUCCGUCGGUCGAAUCUCAGUACCUGUCUUCAGUGGACUCCUUCGGGAGCCCCUCCACCACCACCACUGCACCACAAGAGUGUGUAUCUGCCGCUGGAGGUGUAGGGGUGGGUGGCGGGUCAGCUGGCAGCGGUCCAGGUGUGGACAUGCCUGGCUCCUUCGUUCCCACAGUGACUGCCAUCACCACAAGUCAGGACCUGCAGUGGAUGGUGCAACCCACCCUGAUCUCCUCUGUGGCACCAGCGCAGAGUGGCACAGGUACGACCACUAUGACCCAGUCAGUGGCCCUGGACCCAUACGACAUGCCAGGGCCAAGCUUCUCCUCUGGUUCGGGCUUCACCCCUCCUAGCUCAGACACCCCAGGUCCCAUGCGCCCAUCACGGAGCCGCCGGCGCACACGUGACGAAACGCUGACUCCAGAGGAGGAAGAGAAGAGGCGCGUCCGGAGAGAGAGAAACAAGCUGGCUGCCGCGAAGUGUCGCAAUCGACGACGUGAGCUUACAGACAGGCUACAGUCGGAGACCGACAUACUGGAGGAGGAGAAGGCUGAGCUGGAGGCUGAGAUCUCCGAGCUGCAGAAGGAGAAAGAGCGUCUGGAGUUCGUCCUCAUCACCCAUCAGCCGAGCUGCAAGAUUCCUUACCAGGAGGAGCAGCAGCAGACGCCGGUGCCUCCUCUGCCUCCAUCUUCUGUGGCAGUGGUGGGUUUGACUGUGAAGGAGGACUCAUUCUACCUGCCUCCACCUUACUCAUCCCACCACCACCAGCAGCAGCAGCACCACCAGCAGCAGCAGCAGGCAGCGCAGCAGCAGCAAGGGAUGAUGCAGGAGGUAGCCUUUUCUAGUUCUUUCUAUGGGCCGAGCCAGCCGGCGCCGGGUGGCCCGUGCCUUGUCGGUGAGGGCGGCGGUAACCCUGACGCUGGCUGCCACAACCCCUCAUACACAUCUUCAUUUGUGUUCACCUACCCAGAGGGAGCCUGCGGUGCCAGUGCUAACCAGCGAACCAGCAGCAGCGAGCAAUCCUCUGACUCCAUGAACUCGCCCUCACUUCUCGCACUCUGAAUACUCCGACACCUUCCUUCCUGUCAUUGCCCAUUCACAUGCACACACACACACGUAUGCAAUCUUUCACUUUAUUAUCUGCAGCACAGUAUAUGUGCUCAGCCUCUUUGACCUUUUUUGAAGAAGAUACUUUCAUUAUCGUAUCUUCACAUCUUUAGUUAUAUUUAUUGUGAGGAAAAAAAAAAGUACAAAAGUUCUCACAGUCCUGUCGCUCCAGCUAAAUGGUUUUUGCACUGGUGCUUUAGUUGCUUAGCUAUCAGAUAAAGUAUUAAUUUGUAAUCGAUUUAGACAUGGCAUCAAAACGAGUGACAUCUGUGACAUCCUCCUCUCUCACACACACACACACACACACACACACACACACACACACACACACACACACACACGUUAAAAUGGCACCAUUAACAAUGCACUUAUUUAUAUUUAUCCGUCCUCCUGCUUGGCCUCUCUCUCUCUCUCUCAUUGCUCCUGCUCACUGCUGGUGUUCGAGCUCUUUUUUUUUUUUUUCUCCAUGCUGAUCCUUUCCUCUGCACAGUGUAUUUGUCUAAGUUGAAAAGGGGACAACAGCUUCUGUGGCUUCAAUAUUUUUUCCAUAGACCAAACUAAACCACCUGCUUCCGCACUCUCCAUCCUAUCCUUCAGUCUCUGUCAUUGUGCUGGGACUUUUAAAUAAUAAGGGACAUCAUUUCCCUUUACAAUCAAUCAAUCAUUCAAUCAGUCACUCAAAUCACUAUCUAUCUCUUUUUCUUGUCUCCUGCAUCGUCCAUCUGCCCAUCUGUUUCUCCUCUCGUCUGUCUCUAUGCCUCUGGUUCUCUGUGAAGCCUUCAGCCCCCGAGAGCCCAUUGGACCCUGAAAGCCCGUGGAACCUUGAAUGAUGGCCGGGCCACCCCAGCACCACAGGCAACCCCCCUUUUCCCCUCCAGCAUGGACCGACUGCUACACUGCACAGAGGAAAAGCAGGAUUGGAAAAAAAAAAAAGCAAAACAAAAAAAAAAACAGCCAAACAUACCAGCUACAGCACACAGAAAAAAAAAUCCAAACGAAGAGCGAAUGGCAUUUCAGAGCAGGCAUUGUAUUCCGUUUUCUUUCUUUGACCCCUGAGGAUUCGGAAGUGUGAUUUAGAAAAUCAAAUGGACCUGACUGGCGCAGAAAAGGACUCAAAAGGCUGGCGCUGAUGGAGCAGCUUUCAGAGCUAUAUCCUCUUAUCUCCUGGACACCUCUGAGAAAGGGAAAGCAAAAAACAAAACAAAAAAAGCCACACGAAAAACAAGCUCUCAUCUUGUGUCCUGCCAAAUGCCAUAUCUUGACCGUUAUUUGUGCGUAUAUAUUUUUCAGACCAUAUUUUGUACAAUCCUAUGCCAACUCCCUUUAUCAAAGACUGUUUUCAAUUACUUUCCAUCCGUUUCCGCAAUAGUAUUAGCUUUGCCCUGGAGAAAAAAAAAGUGGCUUAAACAAAUGUUCCAUGUAAAAAUUGCUCUUAUUGUGAAUGGCACAGGUUUUUCAGUCAGUGCUUGUUACAGUUUGUUAUAGUUACAAUGCGUUUUUUAAAAAAACACGUUUAAAAUUUUUAAUCAACCUCUUUAGAAUUUGAGCUAUUGCUAAAAGGCCUCUUUGCGGCUGGACGUUGUCGUUUGGUAACAGAUCAGCAGGCAGCUGCAGCCUUUUAUUGUGAAAGAGCAUCACUGAAGCUGCUUCUCAAGGUUAUUUCUUUCUUUAAGGAGGUUGACUUGGUGAGAAAGCACAACUAUGGGCCAAGACACAUUAAGGAAGAAAACCAGGAAUUGUUUAUGAAUAUGAAAACUUUAUUUUUCUGUGAAUUUGUUAAUUAUUGGGUUUUUUUAUUAUUAUUAUUAUAAUUUUUUCAUUUGAGGAUUUUUUUUUUUUUUUGGGUUAUGCUUUUUCUCUCGCUUUUGACUGUCGUUGCUGCCAAAUGGAGGAACCUUCUGGAGCUUUGAACUGCUCCUUGUACUCUGUUACUGUUGUCUUUAUUGUAAUAAGUAUUGUUAUUUCAUUGUUCUCUUACAUUUGGCAACUAAAGACAUGUUGUGCACUA